AUGCAUUCUCAUAUUCGCCCAAAUCAGUUUUGCGUCCUGCAAUUACCCUCAGACCAGCGUCGCAUUAUCAAACUUGAGCCUAAUACGACAGUACACCUGGGAAAAUAUGGCAAUUUUGCAGCGAAUCAGGUUAUUGGCCGACCAUUCUACCUGACCUUUGAAAUCCAAGAUACUGCCGAAGCCGAUGGAUACAAGUUGCGCGUUGUCUCAGCCACCGAACUGCACGCCGAAAACCUGAUUGAAGAAGCGGAGGGAGAUGAAGAUGGAGAUAAAGAAGGUGAUGGGGAUGAAUCAGGCGAAGGGACCCCAAUGCGCACAAAUCAGACCAUUGUCGAUAGCAAUUCCACACAACGGUUAACAUGGCAAGAGAUCGAAGAUUUGAAGAAAGAGGCUGGCGGGUCCGGCAAAGACAUUAUCGCAAAGAUUAUGGAGUCGCAUUCGGCGAUUGACCAGAAGACCGCUUUCUCUCUGGCCAAAUACACCCUCCGCAAGCGCAAGAAGUACAUCAAGCGAUUUACAAUUGUCCCGUUAGAUGUCAGCACCCUCGCAAACUAUAUGCUGCACGAGAAGGAUGCCUCGAAGACCAUGGAGAUGCGUGACGAGCACAUUGGCUUGCUUGGAUGUUUUGGUAAUGUACACCACAGUGGUGGGUCUCCUCUGGAAGUGGUCCCCGACGUGAAACCAAACGGUCGAUACAUCGUGGUGGACGAGACUGGCGGCCUGAUUGUUGCCGCCAUGGCCGAACGUAUGGGAAUCCUAUAUCCUCAUGACAAAGAUAAGGAUGAGGAACAGGGCUCAGCAGUUGAAGAACAAACCGAAAACCCCGAGGAAUCAAAAGACACCCGCCGGCAAUACAUUCGACCGAUGUCAGCAUCAAAUAACACUCUGACCGUGAUCCACGCACAGACACAACCAAACCUUUCACUUCUGAAAUUCUUUGGUUAUGAUACAAGUGCGCCUGAUGAGUCUCAUCCUCUUCAUACUCAUCUCAAGUCUAUCACAUGGCUCCAGCUGGUAGAUCCUUCUAGAGACCCUAUCCUUGCUACUGAGCCACCCGUCAUUCCUGCCGAAGAACUAGCUGAAAUGAAGACCAACAAGCGCGCAGCCUAUUACUUCAAGCGCAAUCGAUACCAGAAGGUCAAGUCCGUAUCGGACGAAGCUCGAGCCGGUGAAUUCGACGGUCUUAUCGCGGGUACCCUGUUCGAUCCCGCCAGUGUCUUGAAGCACGUCGUUCCAUUACUCUCUGGUUCAUCCCAAGUAUCCAUCUACUCUCCAUACAUUGAGCCUCUCGUUCAAUUGAUGGACUACUACUCUACGGGACGACGAACCGCAUGGAUCAACAAGAAGCGAGACCUGGAAUCUCGGAAAUCUACCGAUGGACCUGUCGAUCUGUCUUCCCUCUACGAGGAGUUCACUGUGAACCCGACCCUACUACUUCCCCCAACAUUACACCACGCUCGCGUGCGAGGAUGGCAAGUCCUACCAGGACGAACCCACCCCCUGAUGACAGGACGAGGUGGCGCCGAGGGUUAUCUAUUCCACGGCACGCGAGUUAUCCCACAUGAGGAGGCUAUCCAAGCCGCUGGUACAUUCCGCAAAAAGCGCAAGUUGGAAACAUCCACUCCCACCAGUGAUCGGGAUGUAGUGAUGUCAUAA